AUGGAAGUGAAGGAAGAGAAACCGAUGGAAGAGCAACGAGUGCGGGAGAAGACGAUCCCUGUGUUCACAGUGCUGAAAAACGGUGCGAUUCUCAAGAACAUCUUCGUCGUCAACAGUCGCGAUUUCUCAUCGCCGGAGAGAAACAGUAACGCUGUUCGCGACGAUGGUGACGAGGUAGAGGAGAUUCUGCUCGUCGGUCGGCAUCCAGACUGCGAUAUUCUGCUAACGCACCCUAGCAUUAGCAGAUACCACUUGCAAAUCCGCACUGUUCCUUCUCUCCAGAAGCUCUUCGUCACGGAUCUGUCCUCUGUACAUGGGACUUGGGUUACGGAUCAGAAAGUCGAGCCAGAUGCUUGUAUCGAGGUCAAGGAAGGCGAUAUUAUUAGAAUCGGUGGCUCAACAAGGAUCUAUAGGCUGCAUUGGAUUCCCCUAAGCCGUGCGUAUGAUAUCGACAAUCCAUUUGUUUCACCACUCGAUGCAUCUACAGUGAUGGAGCAAGACGAAGAGAAUAGAAUGCUUGAAGCAGAAAAUCCAGAGGUUGCGCACCAGUCACUAGAGAAGACUGAAUUGGUUGAUGACGGAUAUCUACAUCUGGAUGUGACGUCUGAAGGAAGUGGAUCAUCAGUCCCUAGUGAGGAUGAGGAUACAUAUAUUACGACUAGGGAGAUUUUGUUGCCGCUUGCAUCUCCAAGAGAUUCUGUCAAUACACAAAAGCUACAACUGAUUGAAGAUUUGCAGGAUUCAUCAAAGUGGGACUUGGAUGUUAUAGAAGCUGCAGCAGAAAUGCCAACUAACAACUGUGCCCCAAGUAAGCAGCAGAGUUGUGGCUCCAUGGAGGUUGUUGGCUGUUCUGAACCUGAAGUUGUUGCAGAGGCUGAUGAAUGGGAUGUAAGAGGCGAUCUGCUUCUGAAUGUGAUGUCAGAGAGGAUGGUGUCAUCAGUCUUUAAUGAGGAUGAGGAUCCAUAUCUAGCUGCAAAGGAGACGUCAUUGCUUCCACUUCCAAGUGAUUCCAUUGAGAAAGCAAGACUAAUUCUCACAGAAGAUGUCCAGGCUUCCCUAGAGAAGGCUGUAAAUACUAUAGAAGCCAAAACAGAAAAUCCAAGUAGCGGCUGCUCUCCAGUUAAGGGACAGAUUGAUGGCUGCCUUGAAGCCUCGGGUUGUACUGCAUUUGAAUUGGCUGCAGAGGUUGCGAUUCUGAGCCUUUGUCAAGAUGUCACUGGAGAAACUGAGUUUGUCAGAAAGCAAGUAACGGAAGCAUCUGGCGAAUCAAAGAAGGCUGACAUUUGGAGUAACGUAGACAAUGGUGAAGUUAUUGCAGUUUCUCCCAAUUCCUCUCCUCAAGCCGAGGGACUGUUAGAAACUGUAACUGAAGAUGCCCGAGGUGACUUAGGUUCUGAAUUCCGAAGUGAAGUGUCCAUAGAGACUGAUAGUGAGAACCUACAUCAAAAACUCAAUGAAGUGAAUCCUGCAGGAGACCAGGAUACAAAACCAGGAAUGAACAAAGAGAUUGAACCAAUAUUUGAUGAAGGGAGCAGCUUGUCCCAUUCUGAGGACCUUGAGCAGAGUAGUACACAAAAUUUAUUGUCAUUAGCAAAUCUGAAACCCGAAAAAGAGACGUCAGUUGGCUCUGAUAGAUUUGGAGACCUUUACAACUUAAGAGAAAUAGGGGGCGACGAAAAUACUGAUAAAGAAGUUCCAUUUCCUUCAACCUUGGCUGCAGAAACAUUUGAGGAUAUAAAACCGAUUGACGAACUGCUUUCUACUGAGAGUCAAGAAAACCAGGCCCAGCAACCACAUGCUGUUAGAGAUGCUGCACUCCCUGAGAUGGAUAGCUCUGAGAUGGAAAGAGGUGCGUCUAUUCCAUUACUUGAAGCCUCAGGUUGUUCUGCAUUUGAAUUGGCUGCAGAGGUUGAAAAUUCGAGCCUACGUCAAGAGGUCAGAGGGGAAAGUGGGUUUGUCACAGAGCAAGUAAUGGAAGUAGCUGCCAAACCACUAACUAGAGCUGAAACCCUGAGUCACGAAGACAAUGGAGAAACUGAGGUCUCCAGGCAAGUUAUUGCAGUAUCUCCUAAUUCCUUCUCACAGACUGAGCCAACUUUAACUGGAGAUGCUCGAGGCCUCUUAGGUUCUGAAUUGGCCAUAGAGACUGAUAGUGAGAACUUACAUGAAAAAAGCAAUGGAGAAACCAAGAUCGGUUCAAGGCAAGCCAUUGCAGUAUCUGAUUGUUUGUUCGGUGGCAACGAACGUCUUUCAAGAAUCUAUACAGAAGAUAUUCAAAGUCUGAGCUCGAGUUGGCAGCCACUGCCCAAGAGUAAAGUCGGAGCUCUAUCUGAUAUCUGGAGUGAAGUGAGUUCGGCAGAGGAUCAGAACAAAAAACCAGGAAUGAACAGAGAGACUGAAAAAAUAUUUGAUGAAGGGAGCAGCUCGUGCCUUUCUGAGGAUCUAAACCAAAUGUUCUUGUUGACACCAAAUCAGAAACCCAAAGGAGAAUCGUCAAUUGGCUUUGAGAGAUCUGAAGAAUCUUACAGCCUAAGCGAAAUGGAGAGCGAGGGAAAUACUGAUAAGGGUAGUCCAACCUUGGCUGCAGAAACAUAUGAGGAUACAAAACCGGUUAAGGAAGAACUGCCUUCUGAUUAUAAUGGAAGUCAAGAAAACCAGUCCCCUCAAACACAGGCUGUUAGAGAUAAUGUGCUGUCUGAGAUGGAUAGCUCAAGGAGCUCCCCAAUAAGAUUGAGCACAUGCAACAUAUGGUCUAGGAGAGGAAAAGCUACUUCUGUUCUUCAGGUCCGGACCAACAGUAGUAAAGGAAAGCAAAAACAAAUUGGGAAUCAACCAAAAGGCCAGUUGCAUGGAAAACAGGCUCUAAAUGACAAGUCUAUAUCUCUGACUGUUCAUCAUAGUGCAGAGAAACUGGAGCCAGAGAUCUUUACUCCUGACAAAGAAAAUCUCACCCCAAGCUCUCAUAUGUUGAAAAGAUUACAAGAUGUUGGUGACAUUGAAGAUAGCAAGAGCUCUUCAAAGCUUCUGGGCAAAUCAUUCUUGUCAAAGAUUGCUAUUGUUGCCUCAGGGGCAUUGACAGAACCAGAAAUCUUUACACCAGAUAAGGAGAAUCUUACCCCAAACUCUCAUAUGCUAAAACGUUUGCGAGAAGUUGGUGAAAUCAAAGAAACAAAAGGCUCCUCCUCUAAAGCAAUACGUAAACCAUUCUUUGAUAUUCAUGUGGAAGAAAAAGUGAUCGCAGAACAGAAACCAGAUCUACACAGCAUGAGCAGCACAUCAAAGGUGAAGAAGCGUGAUGAGCCGGUGGCUACGAAGAAGAAAGCUGAACGGGCACCUUUUCAACCUCUACUUGAAAAAUCUUCGUCCCAAAGCCAAUCAUACAUCGAGGAUUCUUCUACUGCAUCAGCAAGAAACAACAUUUCUAGGGGCAUGCGUUCUUCUUCUAACCUUUCCGAUGGAAAGAGCAAGAUGAAAUGGACCAUUGUGUUGGACACUUCUUCACUCCUCGACAAGGAGUCUAGAAAGGCACUGCACUUACUACAAGGUCUCAAGGGGACACAUCUGGUCGUACCACGAACAGUGUUAAGGGAACUAAAUGAGACGAAGCGCAAUCGCAGUAUAUUCUUUAGAGGAACAACAGAGAUUGCUUCCUCAGCUCUGGAUUGGAUCGAAGAAUGUAAGGUUAAAACCAAAUGGUGGAUUCAACUCCAAAGCCCAUUAGACGAAACCAAAGCAAUUGCACCAACUCCACCAGUUACUCCUCAGUCAAAUGGCUCAGCAUUCCCGCUUUCACUUCACUGGAAUCACAAUGCACCAGAGAUCGAUUCUCCUACAUCAGAAGAUCAAGUCCUCGAAUGUGCACUACUUUAUCGAAGCCGUAACAUCGACGAAAAACUCGUUCUUCUUAGUAACGAUGUAACUCUCAAGAUCAAAGCCAUGGCAGAGGGUGUGAUUUGUGAGACGCCAAAUGAGUUCUACGAGAGUCUGAAGAAUCCUUUCUCGGAGAGGUUUAUGUGGACAGAGAGCUUGCCGAGAGGAAGGACUUGGAGUCAUCUAGACGACGUCGUGUUGAGAGAAAGGUACAACGAGAACCGAACUUGUUUCCCUUACAGGAAGAAGAAGUCAAUGUUCAGUGGAGUAGGAAGAGGAGAGAAUGUUGCAGCAGCAAAAGGCUUGAAGCUCAUAUUGCUUCAUAACUCUCACUAUGGUCACCACAUUCAUUGAUGGAUCCAUUAUUGUUUCUUUUUUCCAAGUAAGCCAUAAAAAUUCAUCUCGCUUACAACG